AUGUCGCCAUUCCGAUGGACGUAUGUGUUGCUAGGACUUGGGUUGCGUAUAGCACUGUUGCUUUGGGGCGAGUACCAGGAUUCCACCGCAACGGUGCCGUACACGGAUGUAGACUACUCCGUCUACAAUGAUGGCGCGCGCCUGAUAUGGGCGUCGUGCCCGCUGUCAGAGACCAUCGAUUCGCCUCUGUACGGCGAUGAAGAGGAUCUUCUAAACAAGCCGCAUCUUUUCGAACAUGUACACUGUGCUCGCGGUAUUGUGCCUGCGGUAUCGCGCUUUGUGCUCAAAAAUGACCCUGCGCGCCCGGAUGCUGCUGAAAUGGAGUGGGACUCGGCCUGGACUGCGUUUCUGCACACAAGUUACGCGUUAACUCGCCCAUUGUUCCGAUUUUUGGGAUCGUUGGGUGAUCCAUUUGAGCGGGCUACGUAUCGGUAUACCCCGCUAUUGGCCUGUGCGUUGGCUCCGGCUCAUGCAUUGCCCGGUGAUACGUGGAAGUGGUUCGGCAAGCUACUCUUUGCGCUCGCUGACGUUGGCUGCGCUGUGCUGAUGUGGGCUCUUCUCGAUGAGCGACGUGCCAUGCAUGCUCACGAGGCCCCUGGUUUAGCAGGCGCUUCCCUUACGCAUUUGCCUGGUAUACUGUGGCUCUUGAAUCCAUUCCCCGCACAAAUCGCCACGCGCGGUAGUGCAGACAGCUUGGUGGGCUUGAUCGUGCUAGGUUUCUUGUAUUGCCUGAUUCGUGCGACGCCUGAACUGUCGCUGAUUCGAUCACCUGAGCCAAACGAGCCACCCAAAGAGCGACAUGAUGCCGGUGAGCUCCGGGUGGCCAAUACGCCCUGCUUUUAUGCCGCCGCCUUUUUUAUGGCACUGGCCGUGCAUUUCAAGAUAUACCCCAUUAUUUACAGUCCAAGUGUAUUGGCUCACUUGGCCAAUUAUCGCCAACAUGCAUUGGCACUGCUAUGCGGUAUUUCCAAGCCGAGGCGCCAGGACGUGUGGCGUCUAGGGAUUGAAUUUGGUGCAUGUGCUGCAUUCUUCUAUCUAGUGUUCAUGGGUCUUGCUUGGGCUAUUUGGGGACAGCCAUACAUCCGACAUGCCUUGCUAUACCAUGUGGUGCGUCAAGAUCAUCGGCACAACUUUAGUGUAUAUUUCUUGCCGAUCUAUUUGUCACUAGACAACGUCAUUGGAUCAGGGUGGACACAAUGGUUAUACUCGCCGCUGCUAAGUUUUCUGCCGCAGUUUUUGACCGUCAGUAUCGCAGGCUUCGCCCUAGGCGGCUUGGAUCUAGUGUUGGCUUGCGCCGUGCAAACGGUCGUAUUCGUGGCGUGGAAUAAGGUCUAUACAAGCCAGUACUUUUUGUGGUACUUAUGGUUUCUUCCAAUGGUCGGUGUCACGAUGCACUUCUCUUCCUUGGCCGAAAUCGGCUGCCUCGUGAUCAUAUGGGUGGGUGCACAAGCUCUAUGGUUGUACCACGCCUACCAGCUCGAAUUUUUAGCUCAAGACACGUUCUUCGCUCUGUGGCUCAGCAGUCUGGUGCUCUUGUUUGUCCAACUCGCAUGCACUCAGUGUUGUCUCACAGCAUGGGUUCGAUGGCGUCGUCGUCAAGCGAUUGCUAUACACAAGACACAAUAA